AUGAACAUCUUGGAGAGGGUCUUCUCCCUGGCCCAGGCCAUCUACGCCCAAUUUGAGCAGGUGAAGUGCUGUAAGCACCAGUGUCAGCGCCUUGUGGAGCGCAUCCAGAUCCUGCUGGAGCCCGUGAGGAUCCUCAAGGCUCAGUCACCAAAGUACAUCUCCCACCAAGAAGAGGAACUGCUGAAGAAGCUGCUCCGGACGCUGGGGGAAGCCCAGAAGCUGGUGAUGAAAUACAGCCAGACCAGCUGGAUUCAGAAGUUCCUGAGAGCCCACAGCACUGGCGAGGAGUUCGUCUGGGUGAAUGAGAGCCUGGAGGACAUCGCCCAGGGGCUCUCGCUCCUGCUGCAGGCGGAGCAGAAGCAGACUUUCCUGGAGGCUUUUCAGGCAAAGACAUGUCGCAGGCAGGAUGCUGAGGAUCUGAGGGACGACAAGGCUUUCUUGGACCAGGUGAUCGCAAGUACUGAGGAGCCCAAAGAUGUGACCAGGGAGAACUACAUUGACAGGCAAUGUAUGGAGAGCAAGGUAGACUGGAUGCAAAGCGAGCUGAACAAAAUUGUGCAUGUGAUGGAGUCCUUGAAAAAAGUCAACGUUGGUAAAAGAGAAGACAUCACCGAGAUCCAGCGGGACCACCUCACCUUCUACAGGCACUUGCAGGGCACUGAGAGUUUUGACCUCUACGAAGGCGAGUACCUCAAGUACCCUGUUGCCAUCAAAACCUUCAAGAGGCCGCUGACCACCGACCCAGUGAAGGUGAGAGACAUCUUCGAGAAGGAGAUUCAGACCCUGAAGAAGUUUGAGUCUCCAAACAUCCUGCGCAUGUACGGGAUCUGCAUUGAGGAGAAAGAUGGGAGCCCCUGCUUCUCCAUCGUCAUGGAGUACUGUAAGCAUGGGACGCUGCGGGAUGUGCUGACCAAGCAACAGCAUCUCUCCUGGGAGAUCCGCAUUCGGAUGGCCCUGGGAGCUGCCAGAGGCCUUUACAGGUUGCACCAGACAGAGGAGAAGUCUCGACUCCAUGGCUGCAUCUGCAGUAGCAAGUUUCUGGUGGCUGGGGAUUACUGUGUGAAGCUUGCGGGAUUUGAGCUGUGUGAAACAGAGUCCUCCAUCAAGAGGAAAGUCAUGAAGAACUGGAAACAAGUCUCUAUGUUGGCUUAUGUUGCCCCUGAGAACCUGAAAGACAUCAGCUACUUCUACAAGAGACCCUGUGAAAUAUACAGCUUCGGGAUCGUGCUGUGGGAGAUUGCCACCUCCAAAAUCCCAUUUGAAGGCUGCACUCCCCAGGAGAUCAUAGAGAAAAUCUGCAAUAACCAUAGCCAGGAUCCUGUUGGGGAAGAUUGUCCUGAAGACCUGCGGAAAGUCAUUGACCAGUGCCGGGCCUUUGAUCCUUCUCAACGCCCUUCUGCCGAGGAGAUUGUGGACUUGCUGGCUGACCUGGAGAAACGCAGAAACCAAGGAAGUUAA